AUGACCAGGCGAACGGGGACUUCGCUGACCAAUCGACAACCACCUGCUAAUAAGGUCCAGAUGGAGACGAGGACCAGGAGUGUCUGCCAGCCGGCGUGGAUCCGCCCUCGAGCCUUUGCGACGUCGAAAUCACCGCGGCCGGACCAAUGGCUAGUGGAGAGUCGCUUGGCGAGGCCUUAUCCAGCCAGAGGCCCAGAGGUUGCCCGCAACGAAGCCGAAGUCCCCUGGCAUCUAUAUUCCCUGGCGUCCUGGGCGGGAAAAGAACAGGGGAAAGGGGUCUCGCACUGGUUUGUCUGGCCUGGCUGGUCUGAAAAGUCCUUGUUCGCCGCCCUGACUAAUGUAAAAUUUCCUCGCGCUACGGCUGACCGCAGACCAGGCACGGAGAUGGCCUCUCGCGCCCUUCUAGACCCUGUGUGA